CUUCUAUCUUUGCGCGGUGCGCGUGUCGUGAUUCUUCUCCUCUUUAGAGAAACCGACGGCCGACGAUGGUCCCUCGUAAUGGAGGAUCGCCACCUCCUCCAGUCUCGGCACCGCCGCUGCAGACCCCAACGAGACCAGCCCGAGUAGCCGCAGCCGCCAGCUGUGGUCCGCGAUGGUGCGUGAGGAGGGGGCGGACGGGGAGCUGCAUCAGCACAGGUGCCUGGGCGGCCUAGUCGUCGGCAGCUACUGCCACGACGUCCUCUUUCGCGACGGCGUCCCCGUCGGCGAGACCCUCGGCGGCGCCGCCGCCUUUGUCUCCAACGUCCUCGACGGCCUCACCCCAUCCCCUCCUCUCUACGUCGCCAAGGUCGGCGCCGACUUCGCCUACGCCGCCCCCCACUUGCCCCUCCUCGCCGCCCCCUCCGCACCCACCACCCUCUUUCACGCCCACUUUCCACCCGCCUCCGCCGUCGGAAGGUACCACGGAGAUCGUGUUCUUCGGCGUCUCCGAACGUGCGACCCGAUCUACGCCUCCGACCUCCCCGACGACGCCCGGUUCGACUUCGGCCUUGCGGUCGGCGUCGCGGGGGAGAUCCUUCCAGAGACCCUCGCCCGCAUGAUCGACCUCUGCCGUGUCGUCCUCGUCGACGCCCAGGGGAUGAUCCGGUCCUUCGACCCGAUCGAUGGCACCGUCGGGCUCCUGCCGCUCAGGAGCUCCGGAUUCUUCCACCUCCUCCCGCGAAUUGGGUUCCUCAAAGCCUCCGCGGAGGAGGCGCCCUUCGUGGACGUCGAGGAGGCGCGGAAGUGGUGCUGCGUCAUCGUGACCCAUGGGAAGGACGGGUGCCGAGUCUACUGGAAGGACGGGGAGCUUCGCGUAUCCCCGUUCCUAGCAGAGGAGGUCGAUCCCACGGGCGCAGGUGAUGGUUUCUUGGGUGGGUUUGUCGCUGGGUUGAUUUGGGGGCUGGCGGUGUCGGAUGCGGCGCUCCUAGGGAACUUUUUUGGUUCGCUCACUGUUACGCAGAUUGGGGUUCCCAAAUUUGACCAGAGGAUGUUGCAGGAGUUGAGAAUUGCUGGGAAAAUCGGGAUUGUGAAGAUUAUAAAAGGAAUAAGUUAAUAGAUCAACCUACAGGCCACAACCAUCAGGUUGCAAUAAAUCAAUCCAAACAGAGCAACUGUUUGAUCAAUCAGCUUGGUUAUCAUGUUUAAGAUUGUAAUCAUACACUGAUUGGUAAUUCAUCACUUCAUAUGUUAUUAUCAUAUGAUUUUCAUCAUUUCAAGAGCCAUUGGAUUAGUGGUCACUUUUGUUCCCUAAUUUCUUCCAUCCCAUGGCCAUUCUUGCAAAAGAAUUUGCGGUAUUAAUUGGCAUACUUUUGUGAAUGUAGAGUCCUUACAGGUGCUGGUAUCCCUUGACUGUACAUCUUUGGCUCUAUUCAUAAGUCAUCAGUUGUGAGAGCGAUUCUUAAGUUUGAGUGAUUUUUCAUAGCGUUAAGAUCUUUACCCUAGAACAUGCCAAGUUUGCUUUAGAUAUUGUAUGGAAGGUCUAUUCUAUACUGAUGGAGUGCCAGAGGACUAUAGCGGUGUCGAUGUUUAAACUUCAUAGGUUCACCUGUGAAUAAAAUUUGGUUGGGUGGUUUGAUAUCCUUAUGAAGAGGCAUUAAGAAGUCAUGUAGGGCAUGCAUAUCAAAGCACUAUAAACACUAUUGUUUCUUUGGUCUCUCUCUCUCUCUCUCUCUCUCUCUCUCUCUGGUCUAUAAACACUAUUGUUUGAUAUCCUUGACUAUUUUCUCACUUGAAUAUCAAUUUAUGCUUUUAGGUUGGUCUGUUUAUUGUUGCUCCAAUUAUAAAUGUUGUGUGUUGUGAUAUGAAAUUAUCUUGAUCAUUCUUUUUUCUCCUUUAUUUUGUUUACUUGAAUUUGUGCUGCUUAGCUUGUUAAUUUAUGUUGCUAGAGUUGAGUUGUAUGGCUAAACCUGCAUUGUUUUUAUUCAAUCUAAUCCCCUGCUCCCUCUUAGGUUCUUCUAACCUGACCAACUAUAAAAUGUUUGAGGCUGUUGUCUCAUAGUAGAUGUCGUUCUUUUAUAGUUAUCCUCCAUUUUUUUAGGCCUUUGCAUAUUGUAAGCUUUUCUUAUCUCAAAUAUAUUCUAAAUGAUAUUAGUAAAAGAUGUGGGACUUUUGAGAUGUCUUUCAGAAAUUGAGAUUUAUAUGUCACUAAUUUCAUGUUCCAGAAUUUGACAUUUUAUACUCUCUAACUGAAAAAGAAAAUGUUAGUUGGUGUUCUUCGUGAUGAUUGAAGUAAUGAAUGUGUCGUUAUGGGAUAUAUAAAAGAACUAAGGUGUUCUUUUUUCAGUAUUUGUGUUAGUGAAAUGCCAAGCAUUUGUAGAUGCAGACAUUUGUUCAAGCGAUACAACACCUUGACAUAUGCAACUUUGUUUGUGAACUUAGUUAAUUUUGUUAGUCAUUCUUCGAUGAGCAAUGUUGGAUCUAGAUCUACUAGACAGAUAGUCAACAAACUUAUGUGCACCUGUUGCAGAAAAUGUUUGGUUAUAUGACCUGAUUAUGGAGUUGUUUCUUCAGAUAUUAUGGUUCCGUGUAAACCAAUUUUUUUUUACAAUCAUUUGAAGCUUGAUCUAAUAUGCUAAAUGCUCUCUCGAUUUAAAUUUCAGUAUGAAUCAGACAUCUGACUGACUUUUACUAUUUUAAGCAAAGUCAACUAGCGUUUGGUCUUCUUAUCAUUGUCAUCGUCAUUGAUUCAAGAUAAUUAUGUAUUUUUUUAGUUUUUGUUACAAAGCCUUUUUCUCAUUUGUUUUUG